CAUGGUGUUCACCUACCUGGUGGGCGUGCAGACGUCGCUCGAGCGGCACUUCCACUUCAGCAGCAAGCAGACCGGCCUGUUGCCGUCGCUCGGCGAGUUGGGGCCUCUCCUGAGCGCCGUCCUCCUCAGCUACCUCGCCAGCCACGGCAACCGACCGCGCUGGAUGGGCAUCGGCAUGUUCAUGGUGACGAUCGGCAUGCUGGUCGGCUUCGCCUCCUACCUCGUCUUCCCCUACCCAGAGAUCCGCGACAACACAGUGGCGAGUCGGCGGCUGUGCAGGCAGCCGGCGCUGGCACUGCUCCCGCCCGGCCAGCCGGGUCAGCUGUAUGGCACGGCUGCGAACGCCACGGCCGGGGGAGCCGAGUGCACCAUCGACGUCAGCAGCAGCAACGCCGCCUACUUCCUCUGGGCACUCGUCUACGUCCUGGUCGCCAGCGGCUCCCAGACCAUCUACAUUGUCAGUGCGCCCUACAUGGACGACGGCGUUUCUCAGAGGAACUCACCACUCUUCUUCGCGCUGGCAGGCAUCGCCCGUAUCCUGGGUCCCAUCAUGGGCUACAUGCUGGCUUCCGCCUGCAUCUCCGUCUACGUGGAUCCAAACAUCGAUCCAGGCAUCACCAAGCGGGACCAGCGUUGGAUCGGCGCCUGGUGGAUCGGUCUGCUGGUGAUCGCCGGCCUGCUGACGCUGUACGGCUGGCUCAUAUCGCUGUUCCCGCGCCACCUCAGCAGGGACCACCUGCCGGCGGCCGAGCGGCGCCGCCUCGUCGCCAGUGACGCCAGCCAGCGGCCCUCCAGGCAAGAGUUUGUCAACCGCGCCCUUCGCCUGCUGAAGAACCCGGUGCUGAUGGCCUGCAUCAUGUCCAACUUCUUCUUCUUGAUGUCCAUCAUCGGGUUCUACGCCUACCAACCCAAGUACCUGGAACACCAUUUUCGCGUCAAUAAGGCCACUGCCACCACCUACUCAGCGGUCAGCAAGGUCACGCUGGUGUUCGGCAUACUGGGCUCGGGCCUGCUGAUGCGCCGCUUCCGGCCCUCCGGCCGCCUCGUCUCGGGCCUGAUCGUCGCGUUCAGGGUGGUCGGCGCCUUCGUCUUCCUCACCAACUUCUUCUUCUACUGCAACUUUGGCGACGAUCUGCCCGGCAUCCGCGGACCGAACGGGAGUUUGGACAUCUCCUCCGAGUGUAGCACCUCCUGUGGCUGCACCACCGAGGAGUACAUCCCUGUCUGUCACCGGUCCGGCGAGGCGUCGCGCUCCUACUUCUCCCCGUGCCACGCCGGCUGCACCACGGCGAUCAACGGCACCAACAGCACCAACAACCACACCGCCUACACCGACUGCAGGUGCCUGGACGACGUCGGGGCCACCCUGGCCAGCGGCCUGUGCCAGGGCGGCUGUGAGCACGCGUUCCACUGGUUCCUUAUCAUGGUCGCCAUCUCCGGCAUGAUUAAAUCCGCCGUCUCCAUUCCACAUGUCAUCAUCGUACUCAGGUGCGUACUGCCCGAGGACAAGGCGAUGGCGAUGGGUCUCAGCGGCGCGCUGGUGGCCAUCUCGUUCGGCGCCGGCCCGCUCAUCAUGGGAAGCCUGGUGGACCACGCGUGCCUCGUCUGGGAGCAGUCAUGCGGCCACACGGGCGCCUGCUGGGUCUACGACCCCGACAUGCUCAGGUACAGCAUAGUGGGCUUCGUCUUCACCACCCAGCUGCUGUCGGCGCUAUCGGAUGUCUUCGUCUUCCUCAACGCCAAGUCUCUGAACCUGUACCCUGAUGAGGAGGAAGAGGAAGCUGACGGAAAGGGCAAGGGGACCGAACUGGAGCAGAAGAAGCCGGCGGUGGAGUGAUCUGGUGAUUACGUGGCGAAGACGGCGGGACGAUCUAAAGAGUGGCAGCCUCUCAGGUAGAGCCAGUGGCGAGCAGUGAACCUCACGAGGAGGCCUGGAACUCUGGACUGAUCUGAGUCGAUGGAGGUCUGAUCUGGAGUGAGCGGAAAUUGGGCGUUUGAGUGAAAAUUUAGAGUGAGUGGCAGUUUAUGGACGUGACACAGUGCUUUCUUUGAGAAUUGUAUCAGAGCACCGUGAUAAAUUGUCUUCUUACAUUUGAACCACGGCAACGAUUUGGAAGAGGUGAUUUGGACAGGGACAUGGGAGUACUGCAUGUGGGCGGAGCAGGAGCAAGCUGGCAUGAAUGUCAGUUUUGUUCCGCUGAAAAGCCGAAGUUUUUGUCCUACCGUUUUUCGGCGCUGUCCAUUUGAGUAUGUCCUUUUGCUUCGUCAAAGGUGGUGCGUUCAUGACGGCUGAUGUGGUGCAUUUAGCGACAUUCAUUUUGUAAUCGCGCUGUAAGCAAGAUCUUUUGUAUGACCUAGCGCAUCAUAGUGUAGUCAUGACCUAUGACAUGGUCAUGACAUGGUCCUUGUGAUAGGUCAGUGUAUCGUCAUGCGGCGAGCAAUCUUAAAUUUAUCCCACUGUUGACAUGAGCUCGGGUGACGGGUCAGUUGACCCACCCCCACAAAUUUUUACAGAAUAAUUUACGAACGGCGUGGCGUUACCACGUUUAACUUUGCAUAUCUAUACGUAAUUAAAAAGCAGAUCUGUUGGCAUACAAAAUGAGACGUAUUUUGUAAUGUCGUUGACAUUUGGCAGGUCAAAGUCAGGUCGUGGCUGUCAGCGAAGACAGUUUCCAGGAACUCGUUCAACCUGGUGCGUUUCUCGGAAAUCGUUCGAUUUGAUGACAAUGAACUGUCAGACGAAGCAGUACAUUUCUGCGACACUUUUUAGGCGACGAAACAAUUAAAUUUAGAAUUACAACAAAGUCUUUUGGCCUAGGGCCAGGUAUAAGGGGUCAGGCGGAGAUCAAAACCAACCUGCUUUUUGACUCGAUAUUUUGCUGUAUCAGGUAGUUUCUGAUACUCGUUUUGUUCCUAUUAAUGAGUAGGUCACUGACCUGAAAUGACCCAGGUCAACACAUUGUUUUAAGGAACAUACCAACUAGCAUAUUUUUUGACGCCUAUUCAAAUAUAAAAAUCAGGACAAUUUCGCAGGAUGUUGGUCACCAUGAUUUUCUAAAAUAUAAAGAAGACCACUGGCCUUGAAUGGGCACCAGUGAACUUUUGCUCAGAUCAGGUAUCUAGAUUCAGGGUGGUUGGAUGACGAGGUCUUGUUGGCGUCGGACACCACUUUGGAUUUGACCUCGUUUUACCAUAUUUAACUCGAAGGUGAUGACCAAGAAACCUCAAAUUUUGACACAAACUAUUACACAUACAAGCCACCCACCCUGUAAAUUUGGUGUUUCUAGCUCCCUUAAUUUUGAGAUUUCAGGGCGGGAGCUAACUGACCGCUCACCCGAGCGAGGGAUAUUCAACAGGCCACCCGGGCGCGUAUUAAGGGAGUACCUAAAGACUUAUGACACGCUGAAUGUCUCAUUCAGCCCUGUGUAUGAUACGAUCUGAAGGGCUCCGUCUAUCCGUUCUCGCUAAACUGACAAUGGGGCUGUGAGGAUCUUCAAAAGCACCAGACCUUCGCAGCGGCUGGUUGUAGCUCGCCUUACUGAGAGCUAGGAGCAGUGAUCGGCGAUGCAUUUUGCCGGACCACUGGCGGUGUGUGGGGUCCCUGCUGACUCCGAUCCUGCUGCAGGUCAGAGCCCUGCUGAUUCCGACCUGGCUGCAGGUCAGAGCCCUGCUGAUUCCGAUCCUGCUGCGGGUCAGAGCUCCUGCUGAUUUUGACCUGGCUGCAGGUCAGAGCCCUGCUAAUUCUAACCUGGCUUCAAGUCAAGCCUGACUGCGGGUCUGGUGUUCGAACCUGGCUACAAAUCUGUUGUUAGGGCCUGCGUGCAAGUCUGGUGUUUUGCCGCCCGCUCUUAUAAUCAGCGUAAGGCAUUCCAUUGGUUAUGACUAUGCUAGUUAUGUGUGUUGUUGAAAAGCAAACUCAUUGUGGAAGCGCAAUUUGAUGACAUUGAUUUGUGCACAUGGUGUGGUCAAUGCUCAUAUCGCUAACCAUUACAUCUUGCUGUCAGUGAUUUAAUCGAACAUAUUACUAACUGCAUAAACACCACGAUGUUGUGCAUUUCGCCGCGCUUGUUACACCCUUACUAACCUUUCCACUGGAACGACGGCGCAUGCUACAAGAUCAUUCCUUUUUUAUUCAGCGGAUUUUAGAGUGUUGUCUGAUGCCAUCUAGCUGUGCAUCCUGCAGACAUGCCAUUAACGCUUCUUAUACGAUGUAGUUGACUCAGGCGUUGGCCUCUAUAUCGGUUUUGCUUUAUGAUCACGUAGGAACUUGAUGUGCUGUUAUGAUUGUUACGUGAUGGUUGUGAUUGCUGCAAAUUCUGAGAAGUGACCACAUUUAUAUGAGUGUGGGACUAUGCCGCAUCGGACGUCGGACGCAUUUUAGCCCUGAAAAGAAGUCUACGCUAAAUGAAACGGAAUGACAUUUGUAGUUACUGCAUGCUUCUAGUGGUCUUCUCUCUUAAUCAAGAAUCUAAGGAACCUAAUUAAGGACGUAUCUGUGGCCUUAUUGUUCUUUGUGGCCCAUAUUGACACUCGAAAGGAAACAGAGCUGGUCUGUUCAUGUUCAUCUGUUCAAAUCAGACUGGUCUGUUCAUGUAAAUACACCCACUUGUUCUCAAUUA